CAUUUGGGCAGAGAGAACCUAGAACUAAAAGCCUGUAAAAAUGAGAUUCGGAGUAUUCUUCUUGUUGUUGGUUAUUUUUGGAGCUGUCCUCGUAAUGACUGGACUUAUCCUGGCUAACGUGAUGACCGGCACUGGAGAGCGGUUGGGCAUCAGCUGGUUUUUGUACACCUCCAGCCCUUUUAUGUGGGCCGGCCUGGGAAUCGUGAUGGCGUGCUCCUUGUCUGUGGGUGGUGCCGCCGCCGGAAUUUACAUGACCGGAGCCAGCAUUGCAGGUGGAGGCGUUCGAUCGCCGCGCAUCAAGACGAAGAACCUUAUUUCAAUUAUCUUCUGCGAGGCGGUGGCUAUCUAUGGCCUUAUUACUGCCAUCCUGCUGUCAGGAUGUGUAGUGAAUUUCAAUACUGUGCGGCUUAUUACGGACAGGCGGGUGAUGGAAACCAACAUGUUUACGGCAUUUGCCGUGUUUGGCGCUGGACUGACAGUAGGUCUAGUCAACUUAUCCUGUGGCGUGGCCGUCGGAAUAGUUGGUUCCGGAGCUGCCCUAGCGGAUGCGGCCAACUCGGCCUUGUUCGUCAAGAUACUAAUUGUGGAGAUUUUUGGAUCAGCCAUCGGACUCUUUGGUUUGAUUGUGAGCAUCUACAUGAUAUCCAAGGCGGAAAUGAUAACAUAAAGUUUUGCCAAAGUAAAAAAAAAGGUUACAAUGCAUUUUCUUAUAACUGUAAAG